ACUAGAUUGGUGAUAAUAAGCAGUAUUAUUUUCCUUCAUGUUGAAUCGUAAUUUAUAAUUAAAUCAUAAUGAUUAAUCUAUGUUAAAAAGAAAUUUAAAAAAUAACAUUUGUCGUGCUUGUGUGAAAAAGUUGUGACAUCUUAAAUUGAUAUAAUCGAAUAUUGUACGACCUCUUUAUUUGGCUGAAUUAUUUCAUUUCAAUUAAUUUGUCCUUUGAUUAUUCGAAAAGCGUACGAAUAACCAACAAGAAUUAAAAAAGAUAAACGUAAAUUAUCGUUGAUUGUGAUUUUUUGACAAUAUGCUAAUGCAAUUUAAUAUCAACACUGUAUAACCUCUUUAAUAUUGCUAAAGUUCUAUUAUUUAAUAUUAUUUAUUAUUUCCUAACCUACUUUUCAUUAUGGAAGGUCGUUAUGAUAAAUUAACUUGGUUAGAAGUUAGAGAUUUAUUUAGAACGUGGAGAGAAAAUUCAGAACGGCAAAGUAGAGAUGUCGUUAAUUUAUGGGAAAAUGUAUUAGCAGGGAAGGUCAAUCAACUUGGCAAUGAGAAGUACUUAGUACUGGAACAAGUUUGCGUAGCUGCCUUGGACUGCUAUCGUUUAUCGUUAGCGGAUUAUUGUAUUAAAAUAUUGAUGUUAGAGUUUCCUGGUAGUUUGCGAGUUCAUAAAUAUCAUGCUAUGCAUUUGGAAGCAUUGGAAAUGUACGACGAAGCAAUAGAGGUUUUAGAUUCUAUUAUUAAAAAGGAUGAAACUAAUGCUGCUCCUAGAAAAAGACGUGUAGCUUUGUUAAAAGCUAAAGGUAAAAUAUCGGAAGCAAUCAAGGAACUUACAGAUUAUUUAAAAAAGUUCAUGAGCGACCAAGAAGCAUGGCAUGAAUUAUGCGAUUUGUAUUUACAAGAACACGAAUAUUCCAAAGCGGCAUUUUGCAUGGAAGAAUUAAUAUUACAUAAUCCACACAGUCAUUUAAUUUAUCAAAGAUAUGCAGAAAUAAAAUAUUCUCAGGGAGGGUUCGAAAACAUGGAAUUGGCGAAAGCUUAUUUCUGCCAAGCUGCGAAAUUAAAUCCGAAUAACAUCAGAGCACUUUAUGGUUUAUUGUUAGCAACAAACAGUAUUGCUACAUCACCAAAGUGCCCAACAUCUAAGAAAAAAGAUGCGAUAAAGUUGAGCGAAUGGGCUGCUAAUCAAAUCGAAAAACAAUAUUCAAGUAAAGUUUCCGAAGAAGAAGUUAAAAAUAUAGAAGGAUUACUAGGACAAUUGCAAGUUGAGGCUUAGAUAUUGAAAAUGCAUUUAGUCAAUGUUCAUAUUUCAAAUCAAGAUUUAGGAUUUUGUAAAUUUGUUUGAAUGUUGUAAUAUAUGUAAAUGCAUUAAUCCGUAAGAGAAAAAUACUGUUUUUCUGAAAGAAAUGCAGUCAAGAAAAACAAACUAUAACGAAUAAUAACUGUGCACACAAAC